AUGGGUUUUGAUAAUCUUGACAUUUUUUCAUAGCAUUUCUACUUUAAUGUUGAAAAAAAAAAGAUAAAGAAGAGCACGCUAAUUGGAUUAAUUUCCACUGUAGUCGUUUUGGUUACUGCAGCAGCCUACUAUAUAUAUUUGUUGAAUUUAUACAUAAAAAACGAAAUAGAUCCUAUCUAUAGAUCUCAGAAUGUCAUAACUUCAGAAAGAAUAGAUAUUAACCUUGAUGAUAAUCUUGUAGCAUUUAGAUAUGAAUACGACUAUAACAAAGGCAUAGAUUUAUUGGAAGCUUAAAACAAUAAGACAUACUUGGUAAAUUAUGCCUUUUUCUACUACUCUGAUAGUUUUGGUAAUUAGCAAGUAACUUUGGAUGUAAUUGAAUGCACAGAUGCUAACUUAAUUGGGUUUCACUGCAUUGAUUUUUCAAAUCUUAAGAAUUACACUUUAACUCUAAGUACUAUUGAAAGCAUUUACUCUUAUAUAGGAAUUAUUACUUAUGGAUGUUUAGACUUAGACAGUUAUAAAACUACAAUUCCUACAAAUUGCGCUUCUUAAUAAGAAAUUGAUUAAAUAAUAAAUUCUAUGAAUUCAGGUAUGAGGUUGAAAUUGCUUUCAUCCUAGUUUAACACUUCUAAGAAGCAAAUGUAAGUUACCUACAGAAACUAAUUCACUUUUACAUCAGCUAAUCAACUUAUUUAAACAAACGUAAAGACUUAGAAAUAGGUAACUACAGUAAAGGAAGGAAUGCUCAUUUUAUAAUCUACAAACUAUUCUUCACCUAUCUAAUAUAAUGUCUUCUUGUAAAGCUAUGAUAGACAAUAUAGCAUUUCAAAUAUUGAUUUUUCUGGAUAUAGCUUUGUCCUAAUAAAUGUAGAUGAAAUUGUCUAAUAAACCAUUGUUCAGUUUCAGACUAUUCCAGAAAUUAUGGUUCUAGGAAAUAGUAUUUUAACCCUUUUAAUGUUCAUAGGAGUUUUAGGAAAGUUUUAUUCUUUUGAUUCUAUAAGAAAAGAUUUUUUUAUGCUAAUCAUGCAAAAUUUAUUUUAACAAAAUUACAUGAAAAUUUUAAAGUCUUUGAAAAUACAAGUUGAAGAGAAAUAAGAAAAUAAUAAAACACCUGAGAUCAAAGCUAAUAACAAUAAUGGCACUGAAUAAGAGAAAUUAGAUAUGAAUGAAUAAAAAGGAGAAUCUGAUUAUUUUAAAAGUACACAAUACUAAUAAUCCAGAACAAUUAAGACAAAGUUACAAAUAGAUUUUCAAUAAAUAAAAUAAAGUUUAAGAGAAAAUUAUUUUUAUAAUAAAAUAAGAAACUCAAAUGUUUCUACAUCAAGAGAAGCAAACACUGCUGUAGGUAGGUAUAAAUUAGAUAAACAUAUGCAGAAUUUUAAGGCAAUAUGCAGCUAAAAAUAUUCAUAAAUAAUUUACAAAAAUAUUUUCAAGACAAGGUUCCGUAAAAAGGAAGAAUACCUUUAAAGUCAAGGACUUAGUAAGUAGUCUCAGAAAUUUAUAGAAGACUAAUUAGUUAAAGACUUGAAUAUUUUUUAGUUCUAUAAGGACAUUUUAUUUUUAAAAAAGGCUAUUAUGAUCCUACUGGAUAAAUAGUAAUUAGCCGCACUAAAACUUGUUGGAUGCUCAUAAAAUUUUUUAGAAGCUUAAAAGGAUAAUAUAGAUAGCGGUUUAAGCUUUCAAUCAAACGAAAACAAAUUGAGUCAUUUUGAGGAGUAAUAUGCUAUUCUAAUAUCUGAAGAUCUUUAAUUAUAGAAUAUUUAAUAAUUUAUCUAAAAGUGCCAAUCUGAAAAGUGUAUAAAUGAGAUUGAUAAAAGAAUACUAUCUUCGAUAUCUUGA